AUGAAUAUGUGUUCCAAGUGUCAAAACGACAUAACACUAUUGAAGCAGGAACAUGCAAAGCUUGCAGCUGCAUCCAGCAAAGACGUCGUACGCAGAAGCUCAAGCAGCGAUGGAUCAGAACUUACUCUUGCAGGUGCCGCGGUUGCAUCUGCAGAUUUAGCCUCUCAGAUUUCACAAGUGAAGUCAAAAGAGGAUUUGAAAAAGUGCACAGCUUGUCAUAAGCGUGUGGGAUUAACGGGGUUCAGUUGCAAAGAUGGUGAUCUUUUCAGCGCAAUUCAUCAUUAUUCUGACAAACACAACUGCCCAUUUGAUUAUAGGAAUGCUGGUUAG